CUCGCCCAUCGGUCUAAUAUGUGUCCCUGUUUUGGCUUCCGUUCCACAGAUUCGACAUCGGUUCGGGCUCUACGAUGAGAUCACCGCCGUCAAUGGGCGAACGGUGCGCCACUGCAACUGGAUCCGGUUCCUGCGCGUGUCGGAAACGUACGGGCCGCAGGUGAACGUGGUGUGCGCCAAGGUGAAAGGUGAGCCGAUCUACGAGAUCGUGAACCCGAUCCCGUCGCACCAGGAGCUGGUCGUCUACUACCUUCCCGAGGGUCCCGAGGAGCUCUUCUUCAUCCGGAUGCGCAAUCAGCUGUAUCGGCAAACGAUGGACUCGAUUCUGGAAGAUUCCCCGCUGGACCUCUCGACGUCGCUGCUGUCGCGGGUCAUGCUGCCGAUCUCGCCGCCGUCGGGCGCCGAGGACGAGCACAAGUCGGUGUCGGGCGACGACUCAUCGAUCUCGAUUUCAUCCGGGGCCAGCACCGGCGACCGCUGCGACGGGGCCGCCCUCGACCUGGAGCUGGCCGCCAUCACGGCCGGGGCCGCGCGCUCCUCGCCGAAGGCCCGCCCGGCGCCGCGCUCCGAGCGGGCCAUGCUGCCGUGCGAGGUCUGCGGCAAGGCCUUCGACCGUCCUAGUCUCCUGAAGCGACACAUGCGCACGCACACCGGCGAAAAGCCGCACGUCUGCGGCGUCUGCGGCAAGGGCUUCAGCACGUCCAGCUCGCUCAAUACCCACGUCCGGAUACACUCGGGCGAGAAGCCGCACCAGUGUCAGGUGUGCGGCAAACGCUUCACCGCCAGCUCCAAUCUCUACUACCACCGCAUGACGCACAUCAAG